AAAGAAAAAUUUGUCCCCCACCUAUGAUCAUAUCAUUUUUCACAGGACUAGAUUCUUGAUCUCAUCUUGAAUUUAGGGCCUGUUUGUUUAAACUUCAAGUCGGGGGCUUAAAGUGAUUUUCGACUUUAAGUUAUACCUUCUGAAUAGUCUUUUUGCUUUUCCUGUGUAGGCAACAUGUAUAUAUGUUAGCAGAAGAGGUUUAAGCAUCAGAAAACUUGUAAUAUGACCUACAGAUGGGGACAUUUCAAAAACCUCUGUUUGUUCUAGUUCAUAUUCUUUCGCUGUCUUUGUUUUUCUUGAAUGUGACAGCAUCACCAAGAACAGAAGCACAAGCUCUUGUGCAAUGGAAGGAGAGCUUCUCGUCUUCUUCACUCGAUUCUUGGUCCCUCUCCAACUUCAGAAACUUCUGUAAGUGGACUGGCAUUAGCUGCAACUCUGCAGGAAGUGUGUCCAGGAUAAAUCUUCAUGAUGCCAACAUCACCGGGAAUGUUGCACUAUUCAGUUUCAGUUCAUUUCCAGAUCUCACGCGUCUUGAUAUCAGCAGCAACCAUUUUGAUGGUCCACUGCCAUCUAUUGGUACGAGGUUCUCUAUGAUCACUUACUUGGACUUGAGUGCCAAUACUUUUGAAGGUGGCAUACCGCCAGAGAUUGGAAAUCUGAAAGAGCUCAGAUACCUCAGCUUUUAUGACAACAGUCUCAACGGUACCAUUCCAUACCAAGUCAGUAAGCUUCAAAAGUUAUGGUACUUGGACCUGGGGUCAAACUACUUGGCAACUCCAGAUUGGUCCAAGUUUGCUGCGAUGCCUCGGCUGACACACCUCAGCUUUUUCUACAAUGUGCUUGACUCAGAAUUCCCAGAUUUCUUACUUAAUUGCAGGAACCUAACUUAUCUUGAUUUGUCAUCAAACCUACUUACAGGUCCUAUACCUGAGAUGGUCUUCAGCAAUCUGGAUAAUCUUGAAUAUCUCAAUCUAACUGACAAUUCAUUUCGAGGGGCUCUGUCAGCAAAUAUAUCCAAGAUAUCCAAGCUAAAGGAUCUUCGCUUGGGAAGGAACCAAUUCUCAGGUUUUAUUCCAAAUGCUAUAAGUUUGCUUUCUGAUCUUCAAAUCCUUGAAUUGUAUAACAAUUCAUUUGAAGGAAACAUUCCUUCUUCGGUUGGUCAACUAAGCGAGCUUCAGCAACUGGAUCUCCGAAUCAAUAAAUUGAAUUCUACCGUUCCACCUGAGCUUGGCAAGUGUAAUAAGCUUACCUACUUGGCUCUAGCUGGGAAUUCAUUUACUGGGCCCCUGCCUUUGUCCUUCUCCAAUUUGACCAAAUUAUCUGAGCUAGGUUUAUCUGAGAAUUCCCUCUCUGGUGAGCUCUCUCCAGAUUUAAUUUCUAACUGGACUGAAUUGACAUCUUUGCAGCUUCAAAACAAUCACUUAACCGGAUAUAUUCCUCCCGCAAUUGGUAAAUUGACAAAUUUAUCUUACCUUUUCUUGUAUGGUAAUAGCCUCUCAGGACCCAUCCCUUCAGAGAUCGGAAACUUGGCAUAUCUGGUCGCGUUAGACCUUUCAGCCAAUCAGCUUACCGGUCCAAUCCCACCAACAAUUGGCAAUCUUGCCAACAUUGGGGUUAUUAAUCUCUUUUCCAACAAGCUCAGUGGGACAAUACCACCUGAGAUAGGAAACUUAACAACGCUGGUAACUCUUGAUCUAAACACUAACCAGUUGAAUGGAGAGCUGCCCAAUACCAUUGCUGACCUCCAAAAUCUAGAGACACUUUCACUGUUUACCAACAAGUUUUCAGGCUCGAUUCCGAGUGACCUAGGAAAAAACAGUCUCUUCUUGGCUAAUGUUAGCUUUUCCAACAACAGCUUCUCUGGGGAAUUACCAAAAGGAUUAUGCAGCAGUUUUCUUUUCUCUGAAUUUACAGUGAACAGAAACAACUUCACUGGACCUUUGCCAGAUUGCCUGAAAAAUUGCUCAGGACUAACAAGAGUCCGCCUGGAAAGAAAUCAGUUUUAUGGCAAUAUUUCAGAAGCAUUUGGUGUUCAUCCAAAUCUUGUUUUCAUGUCUCUAAGUUGGAAUAAAUUUACAGGUGAACUAUCAUCCAAGUGGGGAAAAUUCGAAAUGCUCACAAAUUUACAGAUGUCAGGAAACAAGAUCUCUGGUCAGAUUCCACCUGAACUAGGCAACUUGACUCAAUUGGGUGUUCUGCAGCUGGAUUCAAAUGCAUUAACAGGUGACAUACCAAGUGAACUGGGACAGCUAAGUCGAUUGUUCAACCUCAAUUUGAGCAAUAAUCAUCUGAGCGGUGAGGUCCCUCAGAGUCUUGGCAACUUGACUAAGCUCCAAUAUCUUGAUUUGUCGACAAAUAAAUUGAGAGGAAGCAUACCAAAAGUUUUUGGAAAUUGUGUAAACUUAUUGAGCUUAAACCUAAGCCACAACAGUCUUAUAGAAGCGAUCCCAUCUGAACUUGGCAGCCUCUCUCACUUGCAAUAUGUUUUGGACCUCAGUAGCAAUUCAUUUACAGGAAUCAUCCCACCAAGCUUAGGAAAGCUAUCGUCAUUGGAGAAUCUCAAUCUUUCACAUAACAACCUCUCAGGUAGAAUUCCUAAUGCGCUAUCAGACAUGAUUAGUUUGCAGUUCAUUGAUGUUUCCUACAAUAACUUGAGUGGACCAAUACCUUCUGGCAAAGUAUUCGAGCAGGCACUGGCGAAUGCUUUUACUGGAAACAAAGGAUUGUGUGGAAAUGCAACAGGAUUGCCCUCUUGUAGUGGAACAACUAAAACUGCAAAGGCAGAAAAGUCCAGUAACAAGGUUCGUAUUAUAGUCAUUGUUCCUGUUGUCAGCAUCUUAGUUUUGGCAAUAAUCAUUGCACUGUAUGUAGUUUUCUAUAAGAAAGUCAAGCAACAUAACGAUGAUUCUAAGAGUUCUGAUAUUACUGACAACUCGGAGUCACUGAUUUGGGGAAAAGAAGGAAGAUGUACCUUUAGGGAUAUCAUAAAAGCCACUGAUGACUUCGAUGAGAAGUAUUGCAUUGGGAGAGGAGGUUUUGGAAGUGUGUAUAAGGCUGUUCUGCUGACUGGAGAGACUGUAGCUGUCAAACGUAUCGGCAUGCCACAAUCUACUGAUGUUCCAGCAAUUAAUCGGUGGAGCUUUGAGAAUGAGAUACGAACACUGACAGAAGUUAGGCACCGGAAUAUAAUCAAGCUCUAUGGUUCAUGCUCCAAGUUGGGGUGCCUGUACUUGGUUUAUGAAUACAUGGAGAAGGGUAGUAUUGGGAACUUACUGUAUAGUGAAGACGGGGCUUUUGAGCUAGGCUGGGAUACAAGGCUGAGGAUCAUUCAAGGAUUAGGUCAUGCACUUUCCUACUUACACCAUGAUUGUACUCCACCUAUUGUGCACAGAGAUGUUUCCCCAAAUAAUAUCUUGCUCGAGUCAGACUUAGAACCACGGCUCUCUGAUUUUGGCACAGCAAGAUUGUUGACCACGGAUUCAACUAACUGGACCAGUGUUGCAGGUUCUUAUGGCUACAUGGCUCCAGAGCUUGCAUUCAGUAUGCGAGUAACAGAGAAAUGUGAUGUUUAUAGCUUUGGAGUUGUGGCACUGGAAAUUAUGAUGGGAAAGCAUCCUGGAGAGUUGAUAUCUUCUCUAUCAACUAAAACAAUGUCGGAAAAUGAUCUAGACUUUAAGGAUGUACUGGACCAGAGGAUUUUGCCUCCCACCGGCACAUUGGCAGAUGAAGUGAUGUUUGCAGUAAAUGCAGCAGUAGCAUGUACACAUUCCACACCAGACUCAAGACCUACCAUGCGUUUUGUAGCUCAAGAACUGUCUGCCAGAAUUCAAACUCGUGAGCCUGAGAAAUUUGGUCAGAUUAAACUAAGUAAAUCACCAAGCCUUCAGAGAGUAAGCCAUGGCAUUUUCUUAGACAGCGAGUAAUGAUGGCAUGGGGAUACAGGUUCUAGACCUAAGAAAGCAUGGAGCUUUCGACUUAUGUUCAUUUAACAUACCAGCUUCUAUAAUGAUCUCUAAUUUUGUGUUCCACAUUACAUAUAUACUAGCCUGUACUAAUUUUGUUUCAGUCUGAGAGAAAAGUUUAUUAUACAGAUAUUUUUUACUUUA